UCUCAGUAUUGGGCGCGCUGCCUCAGGGAGAUUGGGAAGAACAGAGAGUACUCCAGGAUGGUCUUGCUGUUGUGACUGCUCUUCGUCUUCUUUUCAUCUUUCCUUUUAUCCAUAGUCCUUAACAGCACAGUUGACAUCACAUAACUCUUGCCCCCCAGCAGCAGAUUCAUAUAUUUCGAAGAGCGAUAGAAAACAGGUAGAGGCAGGAAAAUGACCAUCGCAAAGGCACCCGCGCUCCUUUUGGCGCUUGCAGCUGUUGUGGCGGCCGAGUCGUCUAUAAUCAGCGUGUUUUUUCCUGGCGCGGAUCAGCAAACACUUCUGGGUUCCAUCGUCAAAUCGGUACGGAUUGACUAUCUCUGUGUGCUUCGUCAGCUAAAACCUGCUAACCGUGUCGUUGGCGGACAGGAUGCUUCGAAGACCACAAUGGCUGUGGGAUGUCCCACCGAUGUCGACGCAGACGAUUGUGGUUUCCCUACACCCAUCACUGUGACAGUCGGUCCGUCGACAUUCUACGCGUCAGAAGCCUAUGAGUCGACUUCGGCGAUUAUAGACUGCCAGCUGACGGGCACCACGGCCGGAGUUUGCGCAGAGACAUAUAUUGGACCGGCGGAUUUGUUCGAUGAUACAGAUACCUCUUUAUUGACAGCCUCGGAUGCAUCAUCGGAUGACUCGAUCACCACCACGGCGACCACCGUCACGCUCUCCUCCACCGAUAUGGUCUAUAUUCCCGUCACGCUCACCACCGGGGCGCUUCAAGUUAUAUCAGACUCAGCGGCCAGCACAGGGGCAACCGGAAGUGAAUCCACACCUCAGGUCACAGGUACCACGAGUUCAAGUGGAUCACAAACGGCUGAAUCAACGGCUGCGACUGGCAGUACGACAGGUAGCACGAACAGCGGAACCACCACAAGCAGCGGGACUUCCGCCACGGGAUCGAGUGGUUCAACAAAUGGUGCCAGUAAAGGAGAUUCCCGGAUGAUGGCAUGUGGCGCUGUAGGUGCCGCUGUGGUGGGAUUAUUCAGUAUCAUGCUAUUCUGAUAAACUUCUUCUAUGUCACCGGAACGCUCUUCCUGGUGGGACGAGCGGACCACAAAUGUGCAGCAGGACAAGCAACGUAGAUCGUGUUCACAACGACCAAGUCGAACCGCGGUGGUGUGAAAAGUUCUCAACAGACGAUAACCUACGCGUGUUGCAGUGGAGUAGGGGUAUCCGGAUGAGUUAUCCAGGAGCCGGUACUCAGCUGAGGUGGAUGGAAGUGGUGGAGUGAAAUCCUGCUGCACAAUGACAUGGCG